CGCCAUCAGGAUUCAUUCAAGUGCGUUUUUCCAUCAUAAUCAAAUAACAGGCGCAGUUAUCAACAUGGGAAACCCCAAAGUUUUCUUUGACAUCACUAUAAAUGGAGCUAACGCCGGCAGGAUUAUAAUGGAGCUCCGGGCUGAUGUGGUCCCAAAGACUGCAGAGAAUUUCCGUGCUUUGUGCACCGGAGAGAAAGGUUUUGGCUACAAGGGCUCCUCGUUUCACCGCAUCAUCCCAGAGUUCAUGUGCCAGGGCGGAGACUUUACCAGACACAACGGAACUGGAGGUAAAUCCAUCUACGGGGAGAAGUUUGCUGAUGAGAACUUCCAGCUGAAGCACACAAGUCCUGGCACGCUGUCCAUGGCUAACGCUGGGCGCAACACCAACGGAUCCCAGUUCUUUCUCUGCACAGUUAAAACUGAGUGGUUGGACGGGAAGCACGUGGUGUUCGGCAAUGUCGUGGAGGGAAUGGAUGUUGUUGUCAACAUAGAGAAACAAGGUAACAGAGACGGAAAACCUAAAACCAAGGUUGUUAUCGCCGACUGCGGGCAGCUAAGUUAAUGCGACAAAGCUUCUUCAGUUCAGCCUGUUCAGAUGUAACCCUUUAUUGUCCACAUCCCAGUGAAUCUUUGAAAUUAUGUAUAACUGCAACUUCCAUAGAAAACCUCCCAAUAAACACACUUCCUCCAAAAAA